CCGAUUCAGUAGAGUCUCUCACCUGGCAACCUUACCUGAGCGACGGCCAUCUUGAUCUCCGUGGUCUCUGCGUGCCCUCUUUAGAACCUCCGUUUGUAUUUUCCGCCUGCUUAGGAAACACUGAUUUCUCAGUUACACUAGCGCGGUGAGGAAGCGUGGGCGCAGGACAAUUAUUGUGCGGUGAAAAGUUUUCAGAUUCAAUCCAGAGGGCCUAAUCGCUGCUAAGAUAUUAUUGUGUCGCUUAAAGUCGUACGAUCAAUGCGAUUGAUUGGAUAAAGUUGACAGUGGUGAGGGGAAGAAGUAUUCUGUUUUUGUGUCGUUACUGAAAUGUUGUUUGAUUUUGCGUUGUGGGACUUGAAGAAUUUGAUGACUCAGAAGAAAAUGUGACGCGCCUGUUUUCGACGAUAUAUAAAAUCAAUUUGUCAACAGCGGUAAAAUUCCGAUCGUACCUCGUUAAGUGUCAAAAAUACGUGACAUUUCUACAGGUCCGCAGCAUUGAUGAAAUAACGACAAAAGGAGCCACAUCAAAAAUACCGUGAGACGUUGAAAGAUAUCAAAAAACAUGGGGUCAAAAAUCGAAUACGUGGAAUCGUCGCACAUGUACGCCACUAACUACAUCCGCAAUUCAAAAGCUAUCGGUGUACUUUGGGGAAUUUUCACCAUAUGCUACGCGAUUAUCGGUGUCGUAGCCUUUGUGACACCCGAAUGGUUGGGAGAUUUGGAGCACGAAAAUCCGGGCAGAUUUGGCCUUUGGACUAGAUGCCAUUACGGCGGAAAUGGUGAACUUGGAGAGGAAUGCGAAGGCAGCUUAGACAACUUGUAUUCUAUUGCAAGCGUGCCUUUCAGAGUGAGCACCAUCCUUGUUGGAAUCGCUGUGAUAAUCGCCCUUCUGUCCAUAUGUGCAAUGCUUUUGUUCUUCUUCUGCCAGAGUACUACAGUCUUUUAUUUGUGCGCCUGGAUGCAGGUAGUUUCAGCUGUCUGUAUGGCAAUUGGCGUUGCAGUUUAUCCUUUGGGCUGGGAUUCUCCUCAGAUUCGUGCAGUUUGCGGCGCAACUGCUUCUAGAUACAAUCCUGGCGCCUGUGCGGUGAGGUGGGCCAUUCCUUUGGCCACAAUCGCUGCUCUAGAUGCUGCGACCUUGGCUGCGCUUGCCUUCAUCUUGGCUUCCAGGCACGUGAGACUUCAGCCGGAGCCCUUCAACAACGGGUCAUUAUACAAAGGCGAAGUGAAUCCAGGAUACGUAAACGAGGCACAGAGCGUCGCUGGCUCCCGGAAGUCGCUGUCUCUCAGACCAGUACUUCUAGUUGCUCCGCCAGAACAAGAUCGGUACAGCGAACUCUCGAGGGCGAAAUCGCACUCCCAUCACAGCCUCUAUUCCCCAGCACCGUCACACCCUGUUCACACGAUGUCAACGAAUACCCUCAGCCAUUCCCAGCACAACUUUCAGCUCUGAUUUCGAAGACAGGUCCAACCGACAAUUAAUCAGUAACUUUGACGCUGUCCGACUGACACAAUUUUUUUUUUAUUUUUUGUUUCGCACACGAAUUAUACCGUGAAAUUUACCGCAAGUCACUGUUGUAUUGAUUAGAUAUUCAUGCCACGGUUAUCUUCAAGCUAAACCAUGACACGCGGAGCGGAAUUUCUAUUUUUUAUUCAAGCUCUGCGAGAGAGAAUGAUGGAAAUGGGGAUGUGGAACCGGUGAGAGAAUCGAUUGUGUGCGAUAGUGAUUACCUAUACUACAUAAUUAUGAGAUCGGGUGAACACGAAAUUUUGAAAACGCAGGAUUCACUCUUGUUUAACUAGGUUUUCUAAAGUGUUAAUAAACAUUGGAACGUAGAAUACUCACUUGUGCCAAAUUAGACGCUAUUUGAAUACGGAUCCAUGACAUCUUUUUUCAACUCUUGAAUUCAAAUCGUUACACGUGUAGUUAGAAUGUCAUAGGUCGGCUUGUGAAAAAAUCAAUUCUUGGAUCCACGUAAUGCUGUCAGUACAUAAUUUUUUCUCUCAACCAUUGUCACAUAAACGACAAAUCUCCACAAUUCUUACUCUCAAACGGAGCUGGAAUAGUGUGUACAUAUGAAAAUGAUAUUGCUUCAUUACAUUAUAAGUAUUUGUGUGUUUCGCGUAAUUGCAAACUUUUUCGUCGCAGACGUAGAGCAAGUCAUGAUGCACGUAUACAUAUAUUUUAUUUAGUCGCGUAAGUGAACUUUACCAUUUAAUUAUAGUGAUAUAUAUAUAUGCAUAACAGGGACAAAAUUAUCAUUUGAUACACGUAUCGCAGAGAUUGUUACAUUUACUUGAUCCAUAUAAUACUUACAGAGUGUUAGUUCAUUUAUUGUUAGCACCUCGUAGUUGUGCUCUAGUUGUUUCUUACGUCGAAGUUGAACCUUCAGGAGGAGACAGUUCCGAUGACUGGUUUGUAAAUUUCCGUAAAAUUGAUUUCAAAUAACGAGAAAAAAAUAUUUCCAAAACAAUUUAGUGUAUGCCUAUCAUUCUAAGGAAAUUGAUUAAACGACGUUACCAAUUUAAGGGGCAUCUCGAAUUUAUAGUUUCAUAUGAAUAAAACAUCAAAGAUGAUGUAACUUUGUAACGGCUUAGAGAAAUCAUUCCGAAUUCACUCUGCAUCAGAUUACUUCGAGCAUUGUAAAACUAUACUGGGCGUGAACUGUAUCAAGAAAGUAGGAAUUCUAUUUUUCAGUGAAUAAGUCUCCUCUUGAAUGGCUUCACUUUCACUAGCGCAAAAUGGUUGGGAAAUCUUUUGUGCCAGAGGUAUAUUUCACGUAGCUUUUACCUAUCUACAUUAAUUUAUACAUAUUAUACAAACCAUUUAUCUACGAUUAUUACCCAUAGAUAUCCAUUUAUUUUAUAAUUUUACUGUGUACCGUAUACGUAUACUAUAUAUGUUUGACUUUACAUAGUUAUGUUAUUGUUUUUGUAUAGAAUAUAACACAUCGCAAAUAAAUGCUUAAAACUUAA